AAAGUAGAUAAAAAUGUGUGUUCAUGUGUAAAUUUACUUUAAACUACAACUAAUACGUUUUGCUUUAAUUUUUCGAUUAAUUUACAUUUUCUUAACACUAAGUUUUUUUAAUCAUUCUACUACUUUCGUUAUUUUUUUCUAUAUAGUUAUUAAAGUUAAAAUAAGAUGAAGGCGCUCAUUUUAUCAAUUACAUUUAUGGUUUUCACUCCAUUAUUUAUAUAUGACAUGUUAUUUAUCCUCCUAGGACGAGAAAAGUUUUGAAUUAAAUUUAUAAUAAAUAUACUAACGACAUUUGACUCAUGAACACCCAUUAACGCAUGGAUUCUAUCAAAAAUAUCAUAGGACAAAGCACGCCUGAAAUAAUGACGAAUAGUGAAAGUAAUGAAUUACCUAGACUUCAUUUGAACCCUUUAACAUGUUCAGAUGACGAAAAAGAUUUAUUGCCUGGUCAGUGGAUAAAUUCAUACAUCAUAGAUGAUGUAAUUGAUUAUUUUAUCAUAAAUAAUAAAAAAGAAAAUUCUGUUGUGCAUAUUCCAUCUAGUGUAUAUCAAUAUUAUUGUGCUGAUGAAGACUAUACUAAUAUUUUUCAGCUUAUUUUAGAUUCAAAUGUAACAGAAAAAGAUUUUAUAUUAAUAACUAUUAAUACUGCCCCAUUAGAAGGUAUUCAUUGGGUGUUAGGUAUCAUUCACUUAAAAUACAAAAAAAUAAUUAUUUUAGACUCAUUAUAUGGUAAGACACUUAAUAUAGAUGAUCAUUUUAAUAAUCUAAUUGUUUUAACAACUAUAUGUUACGAUUCGACAAAUUUCUACCAUAAAAAAAAUUUGAAAAUUAAUAUAGAUGAAUGGGAAAUGGUAUAUGCUUGUGAUGCAAUGCAACAAGAUAAUAUGUAUGAUUGUGGUUUGUUUAUUUGUAUACAUGCAUAUAGUUUUAUAACAGAUACAAAUUUCUUUAAUCCACCGUCAUCACUAGCUGGCAGAGAAUGGAUUUUUUACAAUUUCAUAGAAUUUUCAAAAUUUAAAGAAACUCAAAAGGAUCAUCCAUAUUUCAAUCGAAAUAUUGAGUAUAUUUUAACUCCCAAAGACAUAGACACAAUAUUGAUUGAUCAAUUACAAUUAAGAGAUGAACGGAUAAUAAAAUAUGUUAUUAGCGAAACACCUAUACAACCAUUAACAAUAAAAGUAAUAGAGAACGAAUCGUACUACAGAGCUAAAAGCUUAUUAAAAAAGAUUAAACAUUUAAUUGAUGUCUUAAUACUGUUAUUUUUUAAACGUUAUAUACAAUGAGUUAAUUUAAAAAGUGAAUUAUUAAAGUCUUAAUUUAUAGUGAAACAAGUUGUAUAAAUAUUGAAAACUAACAAAGAUUAAAAAUUGAUGGCUUAGCCCAGUCCUUCUUUUUCUUCUUCUCUUCUGUUCAAACUACUUAGGAUCGGCCACUCAUAUCCUAAACCUCCAUUUGACACAAUCUCCCACAUCAUCUAUACACACA